AGUCGGUUCCGCUGAAACUAAGCUUUACCAACCAUGAUACAGUACAUAUCGUGAUCCGAUCCAGCACCACCGCCACCGCCGCAUUCAUUAGUAUACUGUCCUACUACAAGCCACCCGCCAAAUUUUACAGGCUCCGACUACUCUUUCCAACCCGGAAAUGGAAACCCUCGUUAACUCCGCCACGGUGGCAGCUAUAGUCUCCUCCUCUACUUCUCCUCCUUCUCUCCCUAUUUUCUCUUCCAAACCCAAGGACUCGUCAUCACCAUCAUCAUCCUCCUCCUGCUCUUCCUCGAGAAGACUCCUCCGAUUCUCCACCUCACCCAAAAAUAAUGGCAACCAACCGGAUAUCCAGUCCGAUUCCAACGACUCCAGCACCAGUCUCGUCCCUAUGCUCCGCAAUCACACCCUGUCCAAGGAUGCAGCGAUGGGGUUAGUGUUGAGUGCCGCUAAUGUCAGGGGUUGGACUACGGGGUCGGGUAUGGAAGGCCCUUCCGUUCCUGCCGGUGCUGGUUCAGAUUCCGAAUCGGGUACAGAGCGGAUAUCCACCUUCCCCUGGUCGCUCUUCACCAAGUCACCACGACGUCGUAUGCGUGUGGCCUUCACUUGCAGCGUCUGUGGUCAACGCACCACUCGCGCCAUCAAUCCUCAUGCUUAUACCGAUGGGACUGUCUUCGUUCAGUGUUGUGGAUGCAAUGUAUUUCACAAGCUGGUGGACAACCUGAACCUUUUUCAUGAUAUGAAAUGUUAUGUGAAUCCCAGCUUCAAUCCUAAUGUAAAUGCUGAUUUGGGGUUCAAGUAUUUUGGCUUCAACGAUGAUGACAACAACAACAACAACAACAACGAGGAUUUUCCUCUUUUCUGAGGUGAAAUAAGAAUAUGGACAAUGGUGGGAAGGGAUGUACAUUACAUAUUUACAUUGCUUCUUUGCGGAAACUACAGAAUAUAGUUUAUUGUGCUUGUAAAUAGCCGGAAGAUAUCUCGUCAUAUAUGGCUAGAGUGAUUUGUGUGACUGUACAUACAUAAAUAUAUAUAUGUUCCUUGCUACAUAGUACAUACUUUUUUGGGGGGAUCCAAUCUUUACAGCUUUCUUUGUU